CCCUCGACGUCGAACAGGAAUUUGUAAAACUAACAAUAGUAGAGGUGUCAGACUAUAAUUUUGUCACCGUGAACUAGUUGUUUCGACAUCAGCAACUAAACCUAUUGAAGUUUUCACAAUUUCAAAAGUGCAAGUCUUGUCACGUAUUUUUUCGACGUGGUAUCCAGUGGAAUGCUUUUAUAAGAAGCUGUUUGUAUAGUUGGAAGUUGAGGGGUCAGUGAGUGAGUACGCCCUGCUGUAACAUUUCUACCGACCACGAAUAUUACAGGGCCUUGACCGAGACACAUCUGUAGAAUGAGUCACAUUCAGACAAAGAUGAAAGCUCCUGAAGUAAAUGGGGUUGAAGCGCAGUAUGAUGCAGCAGAUUCAAAUGAUGAGGAAUCUGAUCAUCUUCUGAAGAAUUCAUCGUCUCUCAGCAACACAGUGGUGGAAGAGAUACCCUGUGACCGUUUCCAAGCUGUUUAUCUUGUCUUCUUUGUGCUUGGAGUAUGUUCAGUUCUGCCCUGGAAUAUGUUCAUCACAGCUAACUUGUACUUUGACUACAAGUUUCAUAAUGUGUCAGGGAAUGGCACAGGGCGUACUUCAUUAGAGACAAGUUUUGAAAGUUACUUUUCUGUUGCUGCCAUGGUUCCAAACCUCAUCUUCCAGAUGAUUAAUCUAGCUGUACAGCACAGAAUCAGUCUUCAGAUUCGAGUAAUGGUCCCUUUGAUUGGAAUGCUGAUCCUUUUCGUUUUGACAACAACUUUGGCAAAAGUAGACACAGAUGAAUGGCAAAUUUGGUUUUUUGCUGUCUGCAUGUGUAGCGUCAUUCUCAUAAAUGUAUGUGGAGCUGUUUACCAAGGCAGUGUGUUUGGUUUAGCUGGUAUACUUCCCAGACGCUACAUGCAGGCAAUCAUGUCAGGCCAGGGUAUGGGUGGUAUUUUGCCUUCCCUACUCAGCAUCGUUUCCAUUGCUGCAACCAGUGAUCCAGAGGAAAGUGGUUUUAUCUACUUCUUGUGUUCAGUGGUCUGCAUCUUGAUAACAAUUACUGCUUUCCUUGUUCUACCAAAAAUCAAAUAUGCAGCCCACUACCUCAAUAAACAUGCUGAAAUGACUAAAGUCAAGAAAUCACGUGAGUUGGAAAGCACAGAAAGUUUUGAGAAGGUUAAACAUCAUCAAAAACCCCCGUUUGCAGAAAUCUUUUGGAAAAUCAAAGUGCCUGCUGUGAUGGUUUUGGUAGUGUUUGCAGUAACAUUAGGAUUGUUUCCGGGAACCUUGUCUUCUGUCAAGGCUGUCAAUACAAACAACAAAAAAUGGGCACAUGAAUAUUUUAGUCCCGUUGCAUGUUUCCUUGUCUUCAACACCAUGGAUUUCACAGGAAGGUCACUGGCAGUCAUUGAGUGGCCAAAGCCCAACCACAUGCCUGUCAUCAGCAUUCUGGUUCUACUCCGUUUUGCAUUCUUUCCACUCUUUGCCUUCUGUAACCUCCAAAAUGACAACGCCCCAUCUAGAGUGUUCUUCAGCAAUGAUGCCUAUUUCAUCGUCUUCAAUGUCCUCUUUGGACUGACAAAUGGUUAUUUAGGCAGCUUACUCAUGAUUUAUGGACCAAAGUUUGUCGAUGUCAAAUGGAGUGAAACUGCUGGUGUGAUGAUGUCUCUCUUCCUUGGCACUGGAUUAGCUAUUGGUUCUGUUAUCUCUGUAUUGUUCCUGAAAAUUGUUUAGGCAUGUUUUACAGAAGGGGCAUAUUCAGUCUUAAUGCCUGAAAAAGGAGGUGUGGCAGGACCAAUAAAAGUGGUGUAUUUUUAUUUUUGCAUCUCCUGAUAGUGCCAUGCUAGAGCAAUAUUUUUCUCUCAGUUUUCACAAUAAGAGAAAUCUAACAAGCUCUUAACCUUCCUGUUCAUAAAUCUUGAGUUCCCAAGAUUACUAACUACUGAUAAAAUUCUAUUUUCAUCCUGAUUUUCUAAUUUUUUUGAAGUGCACAAUGAACUCUUUUACAAUGCACAAAAGAAGAAAAUAAUUUAGUAAUAAUAGAAGUUUUGUACAUGAGGUAGUAAUGAUUUAUCAAAAUUUAUCAACUUCAAAGAAAUUCUUAUAUGCUAAGUUGUGGUUUUCUAAGAUUUGUUCAAGUGCACCUUGUUAGGAAACACUUCAUUGAAUUUGUACUCAAUUUCUGAAUGCCUCCAUUUUUUUGAGUUUUGACUAAAUUUCAUGACCGUGAAAUUACUCACAAGUUGUUUGGCAACACUGUGUGAUAAAAGUCAAAGGAAAGUGAGCUGCAUGAGGUGACUUCACUCUUUGGCAUGACACUCUAGGUUUUUAUUAAUAAAGAUGGACAUUGUGGCCAUUAAAACAAAAUUGAACAGAAACAAGUGUUUGAAUUGAGCGUUGAUUAGUUUACAUACAUGUACACGUACUUCUAGUGCUUUUUAGUGUUCUAGUGAUUACAGAAGAGCCAGAUUACAGAAGAAGAUUGCUACAAAUGCUACUUUGAGAAAGAAUUGUUCAAAGUCACAAUGAAAAUUUGUGACUUCAACAUAACCAGAGUACUAUGUUAUCACAUUGACCUAGUUUCGUAAUUUACAUGUCAAUAAAUUUCAUUAUGUCUUUCAAAGGACAUUUACAUCUAGUAGAAUCCACUCAAGACAGAGCAUGUACACUGUACAGUGCAUGCAACGAUUCUAGAAUAUUUCAGUAUUGUAUUUUGAUGUAGACUUGUAUGGAUGCAUAUGUGUGCAGUGGGGGAGGGGCUUCAAGGUUUUCAAUUUUUUUAAACUUUAAAACAAAGAUUCACUAUACACCUACAGGUUGAAUUACUAGCUCUAAUAUAAUGGUAUAUCCUAGUCCCCUUUGGCACAGUGGGGAAGGGGAGGGGGCCUUGAGCAUCAUGACUUACAUGUAAUUUAGAGGGUUAGUUAUAGUAUGAGAACCCACCCCACUGUCACCCCUCACAAAAAGUCCUGGUUGCACCACUGCAGGUGUGCAUAUUUUUCAUUAUUUUUCAUAUUAAAACGUACAUGUAUGUAAAUUUUUCAAGCAUAAUACAUGUAUAUGCCUGAUGUUUGUAGGGAAAACCAAUAUAUUUUUGGUACACAAUAAUUGAUAUUUAGCAUUUACAUACCGGUAGUGUGUCUAACUGAAGUCUCGCCCAACUGAUCACAUGAUAACAAGUAUGUUCACUGGUUAAGUCAGGUAUCUGAUCAUUUAAAAACGAUUUACAUAACAAUGAGAUGGGUAGCAACAUAUUUGCUUGGGAUUUUGUAUAAGAGGAAUGUUUGACAAUCAUGUUGAAUGAUGACCUCAUUUUGUUUGUCCUCAAACCUGCAAAUAUCUAAAAGAACCUAAAACAGCAUCACAGAGUUACUCAGUGUACAAGGGGACAGCUUGAAUAAAGAAUGCUCCCUAUGACACUAACAAAUGCAUCUUUUCCAAGUGAAACUGCCAUUUCUCCUCUGCUUAGACAUGCUUAAAGACUUCAGAUGGACAGUCAACAUUUGUGCAGAAAGCCAUGGGAGAUUUCACUAAAGGAAAACAAUAUGGUUGUAAUGUUGUGGAGCAGCUUCACAAAUUUGAUUGUAGCAUGUUUUUUCCUUGAUGUCACAAAGAGUAGAGAACUAACUACAUUGGUGAGGGGCAGAUUUGUAUUUCCCCCCAAAAGAAGUAGUAAUUACAGAUGGGGAAUAUGUUGAGAUCUACAGCUUGUAACGAAACGUCUAUGCUGUACAUGUAUUGUAAGGAAAGAAGUAUGGUACAUUUACUGCUGUGUUUGUAUAAAUUUAAGAAAUCUGCAAUACAGUGAGGGAAUUAGUCGUUUUACUAAUUUAGGAUAUUUUGUUUCCAUUGGGGGGAUAUUCCUUAAGGGUUAUUCAAGUGUUUUUCACAUUGGCUUGAUAUAUUUAAAAAUAUGUACACUUUGCUUAAUUAAACUGAUAUGGUGGCAAGUGUGUCUGUUAAAA